UUCUGAUGGAUGGGCCAGGCCAGGGUUGGGAGGUUGCUUGGUUGGUUGAUUGACUGCAGGGGUUGGCAGUUAGGCGGGUCCCUGGAUGAGCGUCUCCUGGGAGAGAGGAGAGACAGAGAGGGUUUGGAGGCUGCUCUCACUGGGCACUACAGAGCCAUGAAUCUCCGCGGGCUCUUCCAGGACUUCAAUCCCAGCAAGUUCCUGAUCUAUGCCUGCCUGCUACUGUUCUCUGUUUUGCUUUCUCUGCGCCUGGAUGGGAUUAUCCAGUGGAGUUAUUGGGCUGUCUUUACACCUGUCUGGCUAUGGAAACUCAUGGUCAUCAUUGGAGCUUCAGUGGGAACAGGAGUGUGGGCACGGAAUCCGCAGUACAGGGCUGAAGGAGAAACCUGUGUGGAAUUUAAAGCAAUGCUGAUAGCUGUGGGAAUCCACCUUUUGUUGUUGAUGUUUGAAGUUCUGGUGUGUGACCGGAUUGAACGAGGCACUCACUUCUGGCUCCUUGUCUUCAUGCCUCUGUUCUUUGUAUCUCCGGUGUCAGUAGCUGCUUGUGUAUGGGGAUUUCGACAUGAUCGGUCUUUGGAGUUAGAAAUCCUGUGCUCUGUGAACAUUCUUCAGUUCAUAUUCAUUGCUCUAAGACUGGAUGACAUCAUCAAGUGGCCUUGGCUGGUGGUCUGUGUUCCUUUGUGGAUCCUGAUGUCAUUUCUCUGCCUUGUUGUGCUCUACUACAUUGUGUGGUCGGUACUUUUCUUGCGGUCUAUGGAUGUGAUAGCUGAACAAAGACGGACCCAUGUUACAAUGGCUAUCAGUUGGAUGACCAUUGUUGUUCCGCUUUUGACCUUCGAGAUUCUUUUGGUUCACAAACUGGAUGGCCACAAUAAUUUUUCUUAUAUACCAAUUUUCAUCCCUCUCUGGCUCUCUCUGAUAACAUUAAUGGCAACCACAUUUGGACAGAAAGGAGGUAAUCACUGGUGGUUUGGAAUCCGCAAAGACUUCUGCCAGUUCCUCCUGGAGAUCUUUCCUUUCUUGAGGGAAUAUGGAAACAUUUCAUAUGAACUUCAUCAUGAUGAUAGCGAGGACUCUGAGGAAAUGCCUGUACCAGAACCUGCCAAAAUAGCCCCAAUGUUCCAUAAAAAGACUGGAGUUGUGAUCACCCAGAGCCCUGGGAAGUACUUUGUUCCUCCUCAAAAGCUCAACAUCGACAUGCCUGAUUAAGAUUGGAGAUGGUAAUGGACUUUGGAAUGAAAUAGUACUGUCUGGAUAUGGUACAUUUAUGAUUAACAUGCACUAGUUCUUGUAUAAAUGGGACUUGAUCUGGCACAUGGAAUUCUGCUGCCAGUAAUGUAAAAUUGAAUCUAUAUUCAGUCUCUGUUUGCCUUUUUUUGUCAGUUUAAAAGUGAACAGAGCUCCUGUGCCUACAGCUUUCGUAAAGGUUAAACCCAAGGAGUAGAAAAGGUGCUGGUAUUUUAUUGCUACAUUGAAAUGCACUGAUGUUGAAAAAGACACUGUGCUGAGUUCACACUUUAAUAUAACCUAUGCCUGUUAGUUCCAAGGUUUGCAUAUAAAACUUGAAUGAUCAAUAAUCUGAAUUAUGAUAUAAAUAAAACUGCAAAUUCAGAAUUUAAUGGACAAAGAAAUUUGAUGGAACUGGUAAGUAGAAUUGACCAACUUUGAACUGAGGGGAGUAAACUAUACUUAAGUGAUGCUUUACAUGUAGCAUAAUGAUUAAAAGGUUAGCACAAUAUCGGUAGAGAAUAGCUGGAAUUACAUUACCAAUCGACUGCCGUGACAAUUGAGAAUAAUAAUUAUGAUUUUUCAGAGCCAAGGAAUGGGAACUAUUUCUUCACCCAUUUCUCGCCCUACCCCCAGGUGAAUUGCAUCUGUUGUUAUAAAAAGACAAUUGGAGGCAGACUUCAAUUAAUUUUGCAACUCUUUAGUUUUGCAGCUGUGCUUUCUUUGUUCACCAUGCUGUCAUUUUACAGCUUUAAUUGAAGUUUGUUUUGAUGGCUACACUUCUAUUCACACCCAGGACAAAACUUUUAAUAGUAAAUCCAGAAGCAGUUUUUCUCCCCCAUUCAUAUUAGUUUGAAGAGAUUGUCUUUAUUGUGCUGGGACCUGAUCUAAAACACAUUCAGGUCUAUUUAUCACAGCUCUCCCUCAGAAUGAUAAUAAUUAAAUCAUCAUAAAUCUGAACUCAUUUACUGAGAUUAGAUUCCCUACAGUACAGAAACAGGCCAUUUGACCCAACAAGUCCACACCGACCCUCCGAAAAGUAAUCCACCAGGACCCAUUCCCCAAUGUUUACCACUGACUAAUGAACCUAACACUACAGGCAAUUUAGCAUGGCCAAUUCACCUGAUCUGCACACCUUUGGAUUGUGGGAGGAAGCCAGAAC